ACUGCGUCUCACGGACUGUUUCCUCCCCAGGUAACGUUGUAGAUAGCCAGUCCCCCAGGCUAUUGGCAAAUCAGCUAAGAUGGGACCUGACUGCCGAACAGAUAGAAAACAUGGCUGCAGAGCUCACGGAGAGGACCAAGCUUGUGUACGACCGGGUGGGCUCUCAGGAGCAGGGCGAGGUGUCCUAUGAAAACACUCUCAAGGCACUGGCUGAUGUGGAAGUGGAAUAUACGGUCCGUCGGAACAUGCUGGACUUCCCCCAGCACGUCUCUCCUUGCAAAGACAUCCGUGCGGCAAGCACCGAGGCUGACAAGAAGCUCUCGGAGUUUGAUGUGGAGAUGAGCAUGAGGCAGGACGUGUACCAGAGGAUUGUCUGGCUCCAGGAGAAAGCAGAGAGCGCUUCACUGAAGCCUGAAGCAAAGAGAUAUCUAGAGAGGCUGAUCAAAUUGGGUAAAAGAAACGGUCUCCAUCUCCCUGAGGAAACGCAGGAGAAAAUCAAAGCUAUUAAGAAAAAGCUGAGCGUCCUUUGCAUAGACUUCAACAAGAACCUCAACGAAGACACCACCUACUUGCCCUUCUCAAAGGAGGAAUUAGGGGGGCUCCCUGAGGACUUCCUGAACUCCCUGGAAAAGACAGAGGAUGGCAAGCUGAAAGUCACCUUGAAAUACCCGCACUAUUUCCCUCUCCUGAAGAAGUGCUACGUGCCCGAGACGAGGAGGAAGGUGGAGGAAAUGUUCAAUUCCAGGUGCAAAGAGGAAAAUUGCAUGAUCCUCAAGGAGCUGGUGGACUUGCGUGCUCAGAAAGCCAGUCUCCUGGGCUUCAACACGCACGCGGACUUUGUGCUGGAGAUGAACAUGGCUAAAAGCAGCAAGACAGUGGCUACGUUCCUGGAUGAGCUGGCCCAGAAGCUGAAACCCCUCGGGGAGAAGGAACGGGCUGUGAUCCUGGACCUGAAAAAGAAAGAAUGCGAGAAGCGUGGCCUGGAGUUUGACAACCGCAUCAAUGCCUGGGACAUGCGCUAUUACAUGAAUCAGGUGGAGGAGACCAAGUACAGCGUGGACCAGAAUCUGCUGAAGGAGUACUUCCCCAUGCAGGUGGUCACCACAGGCCUGCUGGCCAUUUACCAGGAGCUGCUGGGGCUCACCUUCCAUCUGGAAGAGAAGGCUCAGGUCUGGCACGAGGACGUCCAGCUCUACACGGUGAAGGACACCUCCUCCGGGGAGACCAUCGGCAAAUUCUACCUGGACCUGUACCCGCGGGAAGGGAAGUACGGGCACGCAGCCUGCUUCGGCCUGCAGCCAGGCUGCCUCUUGCCGGACUCCAGCCGGCAGAUCUCGGUGGCUGCCAUGGUGGCCAACUUCACCAAGCCCACGCCGGAUGCGCCUUCCCUGCUGCAGCACGAUGAGGUGGAGACCUACUUCCACGAAUUCGGGCAUGUCAUGCACCAGCUGUGCUCUCAGGCGGAGUUUGCCAUGUUCAGUGGGACACACGUGGAGCGGGACUUUGUCGAGGCACCGUCUCAGAUGCUGGAGAACUGGGUGUGGGAGAAGGAGCCGCUGCUGCGAAUGUCCAGGCACUACAAAACUGGAAGCCCCAUCCCUGAUGAGCUGCUGGAGAAGCUCAUUAAAUCCCGGCAGGCAAACACGGGGCUCUUCAACUUGCGUCAGAUCGUCCUGGCCAAGGUGGACCAGGCGCUGCACACCCAGACGAAGGCCGACCCCGUGGAGGUGUUUGCCCGGCUGUGUGAAGAGGUUCUGGGCGUCCCUGCCACCCCAGGUACAAACAUGCCCGCUACGUUUGGCCACUUGGCUGGAGGCUACGAUGCCCAGUACUACGGCUACCUCUGGAGGGAAGUGUACUCCAUGGAUAUGUUCCAUAACCCCUUCCGUGUACCCGCGUCUCUCUCCUUGCAGGUGGGCAUGGAUUACAGGAAUUGCAUCCUGCAUCCCGGUGGUUCCCUGGAUGCUUCUGACAUGUUGAGGAAGUUCCUGGGCCGCGAGCCCAAGCAGGACGCCUUCCUGGCCAGCAAAGGACUGAAGGUAGAGAGCAACUCGCUGCCUUCGGCCUGCUGAGAAACUGCUCCAGUCCGUUUGAGUCAAGCCAGUUCCUUUGCCUACGCACCAGUCCUCUCAGGCCGAGCAGUACCCGGUACUUCUGUCACCAAACGCAUCCUGGGCCAAUCCCUGCCUGGAGCUGUUCCUCCAGGAUCCUGCUCCGAGCUCACCCUGGGCUUCAGGAGCCGGAUUCAGCCCUGGUCCAGGGCUCUGCGGUGACA